AUGCCAAAAGGGGGUUUUACCUUCAUUCAUAUUUUUUUGCUCUUACUCAGUUUCUCCACUAUUUGUCUAGGAGUCCUUUGCAUUUCCACAAGUUCCUCCACAUGCAGAUGUGGAAAUAACGAGCUGGUAUUUUACUGCCUAUUAGCUUUAGGGUUCUUUCUCCUUGUGACUGGCAUUUUCUGGAGCACUUUUCACGAAGUCUUGAAAUACAGGGGCCGCAGCAGCAUCUUCAUGCGAAAUCCCAGACAUAGAGAGCUACGUGUCAGCACCAUAGACAGGCCUGACUUCUAUCCCCCCUCCUACGAAGACAGCACAGAUCCUGAAAAACAGACCUUCCCGCUGCCAGUUGCCUCCAUACUGAAAGAGCAAGAAGUCAUCAAUAUCCCUCUGCCUCCAUAUAGCAAAACCAGUACAGAGUUCAUCAGUGACACUAACGAGCAGGAACAGCCACCACCAUAUGAAUUAUCUGUGAGGCAGCUACAGCAGCAGCAAACAGCUGAUCAAGACUCAAACCCUGGAGCAGAGUCUAAUUCUCAUCCAUCCACACAAGAAAACAGUUACCAACAGGAUACAGACUGCCAGAGGACCCCAGAAAGAGUAAUGCCUGUCAGAAUAUCUGAGACAGACAGUGGGUAA